UUCCGGGCUGUUUGCCACUAACGCCAUUUGCUUCAGCCCGGCGGUCCCUGGCUGUUUGUUUAGGGAGCUUUGGGGCCGUGACCCUUCCCGGGCGCCUCGCGAGUACCGAGCUGGGAAGGAGACUAGUAAGCCCCGUCGGGGCCCCCCUAUAAGGCGCCUGUUCCCCGCGGCGUCUCGCCACCUGCAGUCCCGGACCGGCCCGCCCGUUACGGCGGCCAGGAGGAGGACACGCGGGGAACCCAGGGCGGCGCGCGGGGUCCGGGAUGGCGGCGGCUGCGUUGCUGGACCACUCGCGGGUGCCUGUGACCUUCGAGGACGUGGCCGUGACCUUCACCCAGGAGGAAUGGGGGCAGCUGGACCCAGCUCAGAGGACCUUGUACCAGGAGGUGAUGCUGGAGAACUGCGGGCUCCUGGUCUCACUGGGGUGUCCUGUUCCCACACCUGAGCUGAUCCAGCAGCUGGAGCACGGGCAGCAGCCAUGGACAGUGAGGCUGGGCUGUGACCAAAGCACACGGCCAGAUGACCAUGGAAAAACCAAAGCCACAGAACCCGCUGCAUCUGAGCCAGCCAUGUGCAAGAGAGCCAGGCUUCAGGGACAGUUGAUGCAUGGAGCUUCCAGGGCCUCCCCGUGGGUGCAAGCUCUGGGUCAGGGCGGCCCAGCAGACGGCCAGGAAGGAUGCUGGAGAGUGGGGGUGCAGGCCCCAAGGGAGAAGCUUCCUGGGAGGACGAUCCCUGGCCCUGGGGGCUUAGGGACAGAUGACAGAGUUUAUCUGAGGACUAUGGAGGAGCGGGUCUCUGCAGGAGAUGCUGUCCCACCCCAUGCAGCACACAACCCCAGAGGAGAUGCUGUGCUCGGGGAGGAGGAAGAAAACAUCUUCAGGUGUAGUGAGUGUGGGAAGGUGUUUAACAAGAAACGCCUUCUUGCUCGACAUGAGCAGAUCCACUCUGGAGUGAAGCCCUAUGAGUGCAUCGAGUGUGGGAAGACCUUCAGCAAGAGCACCUACCUCCUCCAACACCACAUGGUUCACACAGGGGAGAAGCCAUAUAAGUGCAUGGAGUGCGGCAAGGCUUUCAACCGCAAAUCACACCUCACCCAGCACCAGCGCAUCCACAGUGGAGAGAAGCCUUAUAAGUGCAGUGAGUGUGGAAAGGCCUUCACCCACCGCUCCACAUUUGUCUUGCAUAACAGGAGCCACACUGGAGAGAAGCCUUUUGUGUGCAAAGAGUGUGGCAAAGCCUUUCGAGAUAGGCCAGGGUUCAUUCGACACUACAUCAUCCACAGUGGGGAGAACCCCUAUGAGUGCUUUGAGUGUGGGAAGGUCUUCAAGCACAGAUCAUACCUCAUGUGGCACCAGCAGACGCACACGGGUGAGAGGCCCUAUGAGUGCAGUGAGUGUGGAAAAGCAUUUUGUGAGAGCGCGGCCCUCAUCCACCACUACGUCAUCCACACUGGGGAGAAGCCAUUCGAGUGCCUGGAGUGCGGCAAGGCCUUCAACCACAGGUCCUACCUCAAGAGGCACCAGCGCAUCCACACUGGGGAGAAACCCUAUGUGUGUGGUGAGUGCGGGAAGGCCUUCACCCACUGCUCCACCUUCAUCUUGCACAAAAGGGCCCACACUGGAGAAAAGCCCUUCGAGUGCAAAGAGUGUGGGAAAGCCUUCAGCAACCGGGCAGACCUCAUCCGCCACUUCAGCAUCCACACGGGAGAAAAGCCCUAUGAGUGCACAGAGUGUGGCAAGGCCUUCAACCGCAGGUCAGGCCUCACCAGGCACCAGAGAAUUCACAGUGGGGAGAAGCCCUAUGAAUGUAUCGAGUGUGGGAAGACCUUCUGCUGGAGCACAAAUCUCAUCCGCCACUCCAUCAUCCACACGGGAGAGAAGCCCUAUGAAUGCAGUGAAUGCGGAAAGGCCUUCAGCCGCAGCUCUUCACUCACACACCAUCAAAGGAUGCACACAGGGAGAAACCCAGCCAUGAGGCACUAUGAGUGCACAGAGUGUGGGAAGUCCUUCCGCAAGAGCACUCAACUCCUCCAGCACCAGAUGGUCCACACCGGAGAGAAGCCCUAUAAGUGCCUGGAGUGUGGGAAGGCCUUCAGUCGUGGGACUCACCUUAGUCGGCACCAGCGAACACACAGUGGAGAGAAGCCUUAUAAGUGCAGUGAGUGUGGACAGACCUUUGCCUACCGCUCCACAAUGAUUUUGCAUAACAGGAUCCACACUGGAGAAAAACCCUUUGUGUGCAAUGAGUGUGGCAAGGCCUUUCGAGAUAAAGCAGGUUUCACUCGACACUACUUCAUCCACACGGGAGAGAAGCCCUAUCAGUGCUCAGAGUGUGGCAAGGCCUUCAACCAGCGGUCAUACCUCACGUGGCACCAACAGAUUCACACCGGAGUGAAACCUUUCCAAUGCAAUGAGUGUGGGAGAGGAUUUGGCGAGCGUUCCGCCCUCAUUCACCACUAUGUCACCCACACCGGGGAGAAGCCAUAUAUGUGUCUGGAGUGUGGGAAAGCCUUCCACCGAGGAUCAUACCUCAAGCAGCAUCAGCGCAUCCACACUGGGGAAAAGCCUUAUGUGUGUGGUGAGUGUGGAAAGGCCUUUGUCCACCGCUCCACAUUCAUUUUGCACAAAAAAGCCCACACUGGAGAAACACCCUAUGAGUGCAAAGAAUGCGGGAAAGCCUUUAGCGACAGGGCAGACCUCAUCCGUCACUUCAGCAUCCACACGGGAGAGAAGCCGUCUGAGUGCAUGGAGUGUGGGAAGCUUUUCAACCACAGGUCAGGCCUCACCAGGCACCAGCGGAUUCACAGUGGGGAGAAGCCCUACAAAUGCAUGGAGUGUGGGAAAACCUUUUUGCGGAGUGCACACCUCAUCCGCCACUCUUUCAUCCACACAGGAGAGAAGCCCUAUAGGUGCAGUGAAUGUGGAAAGGCCUUUACCUGCAACUCUUCCCUCACACAGCAUAAGUGGAUUCACACAGGUGUGAAGCGUUAUGAAUGUACAGAGUGUGGGAAGUCCUUCCGCAAGAGUACUCACCUCCUCCAGCACCACAUUGUCCAUACCAGGGAGAGGCCAUAUAUGUGUUUGGAGUGUGACAAAGCCUUUAGCCGGAAAUCAUAUCUUACUCAGCACCAACGUACGCACAGUGGAGAGAAGCCUUAUAAGUGCAGUGAAUGUGGACAGGCCUUUGCCCACCGCUCCACAUUUGUUUUACAUAACAGAAUGCACACUGGAGAGAAACCCUUUGUGUGCAAGGAGUGUGGCAAAGCCUUUCGAGAUAGACGAGCCUUCAAUCGUCACAACAUCUUCCACACAGGAGAGAAGCCCUAUCAGUGCUCAGAGUGUGGCAAGGCCUUCAACCAGCGGUCUUAUCUCACGUGGCACCAACAGACUCACAAGGGAGUGAAACCUUUCCAAUGCAAUGAGUGUGGGAGAGGAUUCUGUGAGAUCGCAGGCCUCAUUCACCACUACGUCAUCCACACUGGGGAGAAGCCCUAUAAGUGCAUAGAGUGCGGGAAGGCCUUCCUCCGUGAGCCACACCUCAAGCAGCACCAGCGCAUUCACACUGGGGAGAAACCUUACGUGUGCAGCGAGUGUGGAAAAGCCUUUGCUCACUAUUCUACUUUGACCUUGCACAGAAGAGCCCACACUGGAGAAAAACCCUUUGAAUGCAAAGAAUGUGGGAAAGCCUUCAGCAACCGGAAAGACCUCAUUCGCCAUGUUAGCAUUCACACAGGAGAGAAGCCUUAUGAGUGCAUGGAAUGUGGGAAGGCCUUCAACCGCAGGUCACACCUGAUAAGGCACCAUCGGAUUCACAAUGAGGAGAAGCCCUACAAAUGCAUGGAGUGUGGGAAAACCUUCUCACGGAGCACAAACCUCAUUCAGCACUCCAAUAUUCACACUGGAGAUAAGCCGUAUAAAUGCAAUGAAUGUGGAAAGGCCUUCAGCCUCAGCUCCUCUCUCCGGUACCAUCAGAGGAUGCACACAGGAAAAAUCACUACUAGUGUCAGAGAUGAGGGAAAGCCUUUUACAAGUGUCCAAGCCUCUGUCAACAUUGAAGGACUCAUACUGGGGAAAAACUUUCUUCCUGUCACCACUGAUGAACAUCAGUAUUCAAGGGAAUCAUCUAACACAGACUCUGGUCAUUCAUACCACAGUGAAACUGGGUUAGUGCCAUCUGUAUUUAAAAAAUGUAAAUAAGUAUUUAUCAUCUAGAGUCCUGUUUGAAAAUGACCCAUUCUGCAGUCUUCUACAUCUUGAGUAUUUGCCCAUGAGGAUUCAGUGGCCGUUGUGCUCUUAAGAAAGGCCUCAGCCACAUAUUUCUAGCAUAUGCUGAAAUGUUAUCUGAAGGAUAGUUUUGUUUGCCUAUUUUGUGUUAUUAGGGAACGGAACCUAGAGGCUGUGCCCUGAACUACAUUCUACCCCACCCACCCCCUUUUUUUGAGACAGGGUCAUGCUAAGUCAUUAAGUUGCCCGUGCUAGACUUGAAUUUUGAUCCUCCUGCCUUAGCCUCUUAGUGCUGGGGAUUAUAGGUCUAUGCCACCUUGCCCAGCUCCUAAAAGUCUUAUACUUUACCUUUUCCAUUUAAAACUGAUCCAUGAUAAGGUAAUUUUUGUAUUAUACGAGGGUUAGAUUAAAUAAAAUUUUUUGUUGUUGAGGAAUACAGACAUUCCUCAUUUAAUGACAGAAUUCCAUUUCUGCAACUAGGUUGUUAAAUUAACUGGUUGCUAAAUGAAUUGUAUAUAGUAUGUAUUAUGCUCAGAACGAAGUGGUUAAAGAAAAUUCCAGCUUGAUGACUUUGCUUUUAUUUACAUAAUUCUUACAUGUAGUACUGUAAUGUGUAGCAACAUCAAAUACAGUACCAUACAACACAAUCAGCAAAAGUUAGAAUACUGUGUAAACAAGGUAUAUUGUACAAAAAAAGCACAAACAUUGGGGCUUUAUAAACAAGAUGUACAGAAAUGUACUCCCCCAAAAGGAUGAGUUGUAAGUCCAGAUAACAUACCUCCAUUGUAAGUCUGAACAUUCAUCAAACAGGUCUUUAAACAAGGAAUAUUUACAUUCAUUUGUUCUAGUACCAUUUAUUUUAAAGAUUCCAAGUGAUCCUCCUGCCUUAGUCUCCUGAAUAGCUAGGAGGAUAAAUACCAUCUUAGCCAGGUUCAUAAUACAUUUUUAAUUUCUUUCAUAUAAUCAUUGGUAUUAGAGGGAAGUACAAUGCCUUUUAAAAGUUGGUCUUGAAUAUGACUUCCCAGAGCUCAUUUAUUCUGUCAGUAAUUUUUUUUUCUUUUCUGUACCAGGAAUUUAAUUCAGGACCUUGUGCUUGCAAGGCCA